AUGUCCGCAACGGCAACGACAACAGCUGGACUUAGCGCGGCGAGCGCGAAGCGGCUGAGGACAGAGUUGACUACCCUGGCGGAGCAUCGGGUGUUCCCUGUGGUCGUGGAGACUGCACUAUUCGCGAUCUUCACUAUCAUCAUCCUUACAUCGACGUAUAUCCUUUUCAAGCGGGGAAUUCGCAAGUCACGGCCCAAUGUGCUCAUGCUCUCCGCCACACUCGCAAUGUACGCGAUAUCAACGCUCGACUGGGCAAUCGAUAUCCGACUACUUUGGAAUGACCUCCACACACUCACACUCACUGGUGUCUCUGUGUCGCACCCGCCCUUCGGCGUGUCGGAUCCGGCCUUGCUCGUGCUCCAAGGGAUAACGAGCGUCAUAUGUGACGCGGUGGUCUGCUGGCGAGUCAGUGUUGUCUGGGGGAGCGACAGACGUGUCGUCGCCGGAGCGCUUUUCUGGGUGCUCGGGUCAAUCGGCGUCUUCACGGCGUGGAGCGCGAUGUUUGUUGGAUUCUAUUACGACCAUCUACCCGCGCCCGUCGAGGUCCUGGUCCACCACAGUACAAUCGUGAACGCGUUCGCGUUCUCGUGGAGCGCCGCCACGAAUGUGUGGGCUACGGCGAUGGUGGCGUACAAGGCAUGGCUGCAACGCAGGGAUCUGAGGCGCCAUUUGGGGAGCACAGGCCUUGCGGUGCAUGACGUGCUGAUGUUGCUGGUCGACCUUGGGAUCAUCUACACUGUUUUCAUGCUGCUCAACGUCAUCGUCCUCGCGCCGAGCCUCAACGGAGGAAAGUUCUUCUCCUACGUCACUCUCUUCAUGCAGCAAAUCACCGGCAUGUACCCGACUGCGCUCAUCGUCCUCGUCGCCCUCCAGAAGUCGCACCUCGACCACCAGUUCACCUACCCACCCACAACACAUGACCGUUCCUCCGAGAUCGAGUCGCUUCCCUUCACCGUCAAAGCACAUCAUCCGAAGGAUGCGGAAUUCGGAGACACGACGGACACGUACGCGAGCGCGUCGACGGGCUACGGAUAUGAGCGUGAUGCCGGCAUGACAGCGCGGGUCAUGGCGCUGCACGCGCCGACGGACACGUCCGAGCCUAUCUGGGAGAUCGGCAAGGACAGCUCUGCGGAGGGCGUUGCUCUCGCGAAGUGA